AUGUCACCGAGCAUCGUCGUCAUCGCCGCAGAAGUGGCCCUCGCCCUCCGCGACACCAUCCUGGAGCUCGGCCCCGACAUUCCCCCGCUCUCCGCUCAGCAAGCCCUCUCCUCCCUCGGCCUGGACCUCACCCGCGACUCCGUACACUUCCUCUUCCGCGGCCUCAUCCAGAUCCACGACGACGGCAAGGCCUUAUGGAUCCUCUUUUCCUGGUACGUGCAACACACAGGGGCGGAAAACCUCAACAAACGAGACCAUGCCACGAUCAACCGGGUCUUGCGGGUGUACGCUCGAGAAGUCCGUCAAGACGGGGACCCCGGUGGCGCGCGCUUCGUCAUGGGCUGGAUGGCGGAAAAUUCCGUGCCUGUGGACAAGUGGAGCUGGGUAGCGCUUUUGUUGGCGAAUAAGCGCUGGGGACGCAAUGACGAUGCCAUUUCGAUUGCAAAGGCGCAUGCGAAAGGGCAAGUCGAGUGGAUGGAUGCGUGGAGAUAUAUGAGGGCGAGGUAUGGCGAGGAGGAUCCAGUUGUGAAGGCGCUUGGGGCGGCGGUGGGGCCUGUGCGGGGACCGGGGUAUGGUGAUGCGGAGUCGGACAAGGUAGCGGUGGAAAAGGUUGCGCGGAGGACUGAGAAGAAACCGGCGCAGCAUGGAGCACGUAUGCAGGAUCGAACGGAAGAUGGGUCGAACUUCGACAACAACACAUCUACAAACGAACACCCAGAGAAAGGACCCCACAAAAGCUUUCCACGCGACGAUGUAGCCAACGACGUCGCAACCGGCAGGCUUAGUGGUACUCAGGACCCCAACAUAUUAAACCGCAGGUCCAGACGUAGUCCACUGCGUGCCGAGUUCCCCAACUUCGUCGAUACUGGCGGACCUAGUAGUCAGUCCCCAAACACAUCAAACGACAGACCCAGGCAAAAUCUACGACGCGACGAUGUCACCAACGACUUCGAUACUGGCAGGCCUAGUCGCGGUUAUUACUCAAACGAAAAGCCCAGAUAUAAUUCACAAUGGGACGAGGACCCCAAGGACUUUGAUACUGGCAGGCCUAGUGGCAGUCACCACCCAAAGACAUCAAAUGACAACUACGUCGAUACUGGUAGGCCAAGUCGUAGUUAUCACCCAAACACAUCAUACGACAAGCCUAGAUACAGUUCACGACGCGACGAUGACCACAACGACGUCGCACGCACGUCCCAACCCACGCGGCCACCAACACUCAACGACUUCCGGCAAACCCAGACCCCAGGCCGCGACAGACACUCCGAUAGAGACCGUGGAUCCAAAGGGAAAUUCUCGAAACAGGCCAACCCGGAAGGUAUUGAACCCCCCCUGCCUUUCGAGAACCGAAUGGAUGGCACGUUGAGUGAGCUUUUGGCGUUGAGUCGGCGUAAAGCUUCGCCAGGACGGAUGGGGGAGGAUGGAUCGCGCGGCGGUGAGCGGUGA